UUUAGAUUCGUUCUUACGGGAAAAGGAACGCCCUCGAGGACGACUAUUCGGUCGUCGAAAACGAUCGUCGAAGACUAAGUGAAAAUCGGUGUCGGUGACGGUGACGGUGACGAGAACGAGAACGAGAACGAGAACGAGAACGAGAACGAGAACGAGAACGAGAACGAGCACAGGAACGAAAACAAGGAACGAUGAGAAAUACUAAACCAAAGAAGGAAAAUUAGAAGAAGAAAGACAGUGAAAAGACAAAACGGUGUAAAGGGCAAAACGAAGCAAAAGGGGAUAUUUGUUGGUUCAGAAUUCUCGACGUAUGCACAUCUUUGGAAAGUUGAAGCACGAGAAAUUAAAGGAACUCCGCUGGAAAAGCACGGUCAGAGAUAGUGGGAACAGGAGGGAAAGCAAAGAAAGAGAGAAAGGAAGAAGGAUAGAGAAGGAAAGAAAGAGGGAGUAGUAAGCGCGCGAGGUCGUUUAAACGGAAAAAAGAGACGGACAGUUACGAAGAGGGAGAGAAAGAUAGCCAAGAGUUCGUCGACGCGCGUACACGCGGUGACCGAUCAAGAUGAGGGUACACCGUGGGAUUUGCGCGAAACUGCACGGAGGGUUUCUCAGGCGAUGGUGGGCGGCGGUAGCUGUUGGAGCGCUACUGAUAAUCGUAGCAGCAAUUUUGGCGGCAGUAUUUCCGAAACUAGUCGACGUUCUGCUCAACAGAGAAAUAGCUCUCCAAGAGGGCGGUCGUACGUUCGAUUGGUGGCGGGAACCUCCUGUAUCGCCUCAAUUGAGCGUCUACAUUUACAACGUGACGAAUGCCGAUGAAUUUUUGAACGACGGCGAGAAACCAGCGCUGAAAGAGCUCGGUCCCUAUGUGUACGUACAGCACUGGGAAAAGGUCGAGGUGAAAUUCAACGAGAACGAUACGGUGUCGUACAAAGUGAAGAAACGGUUCGUGUUUUCGCCGGAAAAGUCGAUCGGCUCGGAGGAAGAUUUGGUGGUGGUACCGAACGUGCCGAUGCUCUCGGCGACCAGUCAAUCGAAACAUGCAGCCCGUUUUCUCAGAUUGGCGAUGGCCUCGAUAAUGGACAUUCUCAGAAUAAAACCGUUCGUCGAGGUGUCGAUCGGACAGCUGCUCUGGGGUUACGAGGAUCCGUUGCUGAAAUUGGCCAAGGAUGUCGUACCGAAAGAGCAGAAACUUCCUUACGAUCAGUUCGGUUUGCUGUACGGUAAAAACGCAACGAUGCCCGAUUGGUUCACCAUCUUUACCGGCAAAGGAAACAUCUCCAAGUACGGUAUUCUCGACAAAUGGAACGGGAAGAGCAGCCUUGGCCAUUGGACCACUCCCGAGUGCGACAGCGUCGCUGGCAGCGACGGCAGUAUUUUUCCUCCGCGAAUCACGAAGCAAACGGUGCUGAAAAUUUUCGACAAGGAUCUCUGCCGGGCCCUGCCCUUGGCCUUCAAGGAGGAGGUGACUACCGUUGGUGGAGUACCUGGCUACAGAUUCGUACCUACCAAGGAUGCUUUUGGUUCUCCGAGCAGAGUAGAGUCACAGCAAUGCUUUUGUCCGGCGGGACCACCGUGCGCGCCCGAGGGAACGUUCAACGCCUCUCUCUGCCAAUACGAAUCGCCUGUUUUGCUGAGUUUCCCGCAUUUUUACCUCGCGGAUCCCACGUUACGAAACGCGGUCAACGGAAUAUCGGCGCCUGUCGAGGAAAAACAUCAGUUUUACAUCGAUGUUCAACCAAUGAUGGGUACCUCGUUGAGGGCCAAGGCACGAAUUCAAAUAAACCUGGCGGUGAGUCAGGUGCGAGACAUCAAGCAAGUCGCUUCGUUUCCGGAUAUUGUCUUUCCCAUCAUGUGGUUCGAAGAUGGGAUCGAUGAGCUUCCUGUCGAGAUGCGAAGUCUAAUGAAGAUGGCCGUGGACCUGCCGCCGAUCGCUCGAGCGGCGGUAUCUGGAGCUCUGGCGGCGAUCGGGGCGAUCGUUUUGAUUGGUGCACUCGCGUGCCUGGCGCGCGCCGCUAAGCGCCAAGAGAAACUCCACCUCAGCAAUCCGUUACCAUCGAACACCAGUGCCGGUAAAACCGGUCAGCUGAAUCCGGCUUUCCAGAAUUCCUCGGGUUCCAAGUAGACCACCGAGCUUCGCUUCCUCGACCCUGGAUUUCUCGUCGAUCGGUGCGCGACCACGCGUAUCUGAACAGACAGUUGACGAGACCCCCCUCCCGGUCGUCCUCUGGGUUUACCAACUUCAUCUUCACUUCGCCUUAUUUCCUUUUCGUUGUUCCGAGCUACACACACACACACACACACACACGCGCGCGCGCGCACGCACGCACGCACGCACACACACACAACACGUACCGCGAAGGAGGGGAAAAGCGGUAAAAAAGAAAAAAAAAAGGAAAAUUGAAGGACCUGGUUGAUCUCGGGGGGAGGAUAAACGCGAAUCUCGAGGUGCGGGUUCACGAUGAAACGAAGACACGUGGCUCGAGUCUAUGCGUUAGGAAUAAACGCGAAGAAAAGAGGAGAACACGAGACGAAUUGCCAGGCUAUGCCGCCGUGUAACGGUAUAGAUAACUGGUAACUGGUAAACCAGACCGUGUUGUUACCACGUGGAAUACCGUGUUUUUCAAACACUCUGUUCACUUUGGUCGAGCGAACAAACGGGUCUGUGCGUAAAGAUCGAAAGCGACGUCUCUGUCGAUGGCCAAACACUAAAACACUAUAUUGUUAUAUAAAUAUGUAUCUAUAGAUAGGGAAGGACACAAGAAACUAGGAAGAGGGAGUAUAUUGAACGUUGGCGAAGAAGUCGCGGAUAAUUCCGUAUCAAAGAUUUUCUAUCCAGCUCACCGUACGGUGUAUGCCAACGAAAUCAAAUCAUUCCGUCCAACGAGCGCACCGUCCGUCGGCGUCGCUCGUACGCAUUGUAUAUGUAUACCUACUCGAUCGGGAUCGGGAUCGGGAUCAUGUGUGCCUCGAGCAAUCCGAUUACGAUCGAGACCCUAAUGUUACACGUUUUCGGUUUGAGUAUUCGUAUCUCGUUCUAAAAGCAUUACUUUGGAUAGAUUCCGGUUAGGUUCUUAGGCGAAUUUAGUUUUUUACGAUGGAUUGCGAGCAGCUAAUAAAACAGCGAGAUCAAUUUCCGUUUCGAAAUCGGAGAUCGAUUCCUGUCGAUUGGAAAUUAAUAAAGGUGUAUGAAAGAGGUACUUGACCGCGUUGCGUUUGCUUCGCAUCGAGAGUCUUUUCGUAUAAUACGACAGAGCAUUCCCAGAUAAACCGCACGAGAACUACAUAGUCGCCACGCGCUGUGCGCCA